CGUGUGCGUGGGUGUGUGCACGUGUGUGUGCGUGUGUCACUGUGACUCCUGGGUCCAUCCAGGCUCAGUGGGCUCAGAGCGGAGGCAGCGGGGCCUCCCAUAACCCCUGCAGCACCGGCCUGGCUUCCUGGAGAAGAAACCACAAGCAGAGGCCCGGGCUGAGGCUCACAGGCUGGGGCACCGCCUGCGUGCGAGGGCGCCCGCUCCUGCGCAGAGAAAGGGCCCAGCGGGCGCAGCACAGGCCGAGCGGCGAGAGGGGCGCUCGGCGCCCGCCCGCUUCCUGGCCCUGGGAUGCCACUUCCCGCCGGCGGACACGCGGAGCAGCGAGCGAUGGCCCCGGGCCUGUGGCUCUUCCUCGUGGUCGCUGGAUCGCUGACGGCAGGCCUCUCAGGUCACCCGUCGCCAGCCCCAUCCAGCCAGCCCAGCCCCAGCCCCAGCCGUGCCGCGAGCCAGCCCGCAGAGCCAGGGCAGCGGCUGGAGGUCCGCCUGGUGAACGGCAGCGACCGCUGCAGCGGGACCGUGGAGGUGCGGGCAGGAGGGUCCUGGGAGCUCCCAUGCGGGGCGCCCUGGGACCACAGCGCCUCCGAGGCCUUGUGCCGCGCGCUGGGCUGCGGCGGGGCCGAGUGGGGGCCGGACCAGCCCACCCAGCUGCCGGGGAACGCCAGCAGCGGGACCCCGAACGCCACGUGGGCCCUGGCGCCCGUCAUCCUGUGCAGCAGCAGCGAGUGGCAGCUCUGCAGGGUGGAGCAGCACCCGUGCGACCCCGACGGGCAGCCGGCCCAGGUCACCUGUGCAGAGAACCGCGACCUGCGGCUGGUGGAUGGUGGCAGUCCCUGCGCUGGCCGCGUGGAGAUGCUGGAGCACGGCCAGUGGGGGUCUCUGUGUGACGACACGUGGGACCUGGAGGACGCCCACGUGGUGUGCAGGCAGCUGAGCUGCGGCUGGGCCAUCCAGGCCCUGCCAGGCUUGCACUUCGCCCCCGGCCAAGGGCCCAUCCACCGGGACCAGGUGAACUGCUCGGGGACCGAGGCCUACCUGUGGGACUGCCCGGGGCGGCCUGGAGAGCGCUACUGUGGCCACAAGGAGGACGCUGGCGUGGUGUGCUCAGAGCACCAGACCUUGCACCUGACGGGGGGCACCGACCGCUGCGAGGGGCAGGUGGAGGUGCACUUCCGCGGAGCCUGGAACACGGUGUGCGACAGCGAGUGGUACACAUCGGAGGCCCAGGUGCUCUGCCGGGCCCUGGGCUGUGGCACCGUGGCCGGAAUUCCCAGGGGGCUGCCCCACUCCCUGCCCGGCCGGAUGUACUACUCGUGCCAGGGAGACGAGCCCACCCUCUCGGACUGUUCGUGGCGGUUCAACAACUCCAACCUGUGCAGCCAGUCGAAGGCAGCCAGGGUCCUCUGCUCAGGUUCCCGGAAGCUGCUCAAUCAGUCCACGUCUGACCUUACCAGCGCACAGCCGGCCACCAUAGAGCCGUCGGUGACUGUGCCAACGGGGGACUGGACGCCUCGGGAGGUGAUGCUCCUCAUCCUCUGCUUCGUCCUGGGAACCCUCCUGCUGGGCGCGCUCAUCGGCAUCCUGGUCCUCCUCUUGAGAGUGAAAGGGAAAUACGCCCUCCCUGCCACGGUGACGCACCAACGCCGGCCCGCCGCCCCAGCCGGGGUCAAUAGCUACCAGGAGGUCCCCAGCACCGUCCCCAAGGAGGAAGCUCCCAAGCUGCCCCUCCAGGUCCAGGCCCCGCCCCCCGCGGACGCGGACUCCAGCUCCGACUCAGACUAUGAGCACUAUGACUUCAGCGCCCAGCCUCCCGUGGCCCUGACUACCUUCUACAAUUCCCAGCGAUACCGGGUCACGGAGGAGCAGGCCCAGCAGAACCGGUUCCGGAUGCCCGCCCUGGAGGAAGACCCCCCCAGCCUGGGCCCCCAGCAGCGCCCCCGGAGCAGCAGCGGGUCCAGCACGUCGUCCGGGGAGGGCUACUGCAACAGCCCCCGCAGCAGGCUCCCGCCGUGGGGCCCCCUCCCGGAGCAGCCCCCGCGCCUGGAGCUGGCUGGCUCCCAGGGAACCUUCUCAGGGCCCUCGGCUGACGACGGCUCCAGCACCUCCUCCGGGGAGUGGUACCAGAACUUCCAGCCGCCGCCGCUGCCCCCGCCCCCUCCUGAGGAGCCGCUUGGGUGUCCAGGGUCGCCCAGCCCCCAGCCCGCUUCCACCGACAACGAGGACUACGAUGACAUAGGGGCAGCUUAGCCGGCCCGCGAGGCCCCCGGGGCUCUGCCUGCGCCCUGUCCACCCUGUCCUCCCGGACCUGACCGUGCUCCUGCCCCAGCGCUGAGGGCCCCCCGGAGAAAGGAGAGGAAGCCACGCCCCCUCCGUCCACAAACAGAACCUGCUGCACCGCCACUGCCCGCCCCAGCCCGCAGGGUGCGGGGCCGCCCCCCGGAGGGCGAGCUCUCCGUGGCGGGGUGGACUGGAUGCGCCCGCCCCACUCAGCAGCUGCCCCGAGGGCUGAACUGGGGGACGCUGGGGACCCCGACCGCUGGUUCUGGUGCUCUGGUGCCGAGGCUCAGGGAGCCCAGAGCCCGAGUAACGAGGGACAGACAUGGGCCCAUCGGUUCUGCCAGGAGGUCCCGUGCCGUGGCCAUCCGUCCCUGCAGCGGGUCCGCGUCCGAGCCUCCCACAGCCCACAGCGUCCCGGCAGGCCCAGCGCGGCUCCGUCCCCGAGGGCGAAGGCGCAAGGAGACGGCCGGGAGGGGCCACGUGCCCGUCUGUCUGCCUGGGCAGGUGGGAGCCUCCCCGACCAGCCUGUGAACAGGCAGCGCCAGACCCAGAGCCCUGAACACGCAGCCUCCACAGCGGCCGGGGCAGCCUCCACAGCGGCCGGGGCAGCCUGGGAUUAA